AAUAUAUUACAAUUUAAAUAAAAUGUAUCAUAGACUUAACCAUAUUAUUAUAGUGACUUAAUCUAUGACCGAAGUCCACUACAACCCUACUAUACAGCAGAGCGAGUUCCCGGUUUUUUUUUUAAAUUAACUUCUACAUUUUUAGUAUGGUGUAAAUAUUACGAACAUUUUAAUGAUUAACAAGAUAUAUAAUUAAUUGUGGUUUAGUUUUAUAUAUACGUAUAUACUUUUAAUUUAUCCAGAGAGCACAGUGAUCAAACUUCUUCAAAUACACAAAUUUCAGUCUCACCUGUACCUGUUGAUGUAGUUCCAAAUCCUGCUCUAACUGAAAAUUGUACACCUGCUAUUUCCCAAGCUGCAAAAGUCUCUUUUUCAUUAUCUCAAGAUGAUGUUAACCUAGCCCAACCAUUAGCUACGUCUAUGGAAUAUGACGUAAAUUCUGAUGUUGAUACGCACAAGCUAGAAACAAGUAUUUCACCUAUCAAGAAUCAUGAACACACUAUAGUUGGACGACGAAUUUUAGAUUUAGCUUAUAUAUGUCAACAAAUUAAAGAAAAAGAUAAUCACGACCCAUACGGUUGCUCAUUUAAGGACAUGGUUUGUGUCAAUGAAAAAAAAAUUGGUUUAAAAUCAUCUUUUGCAUUUAAAUGCAAUUUUUGUCUGAAAACAUAUACAAUUGACUCGGAAAGUUCAGAAGCGAAUAUGACGGAUAUAAAUAUUGCUGCAGUAGCUGGUAUAAUGAAUGUGGGUGGAGGAUUUAGUCAGCUUCAAACUAUGACCGCUUCUUUGGAAAUACCUCCCUUAAGUCAGUUUGUGUACAAUAAGUCACAUGAUAUAGUUUGCAAAUCAUUUAAUGAAUGUGCUCUUAAAGAAAUGGAGGCAGCUGCAAAAGAAGAAGCUCAACUAGCCGUAAGUGCCGGAGACAUAGAUACUGACGGAACUCCCCUUAUUUCAGUAGUUGCAGAUGGAUCCUGGUGCAAACGGUCUUACAGGUCAACUUACAAUUCAUUAUCAGGCGCUGCUGCAAUAAUUGGGUAUAGAACGAAAAAAGUUUUAUUUUUGGGAGUAAAAAAUAAAUACUGUUCAAUCUGUAUUCGUUCUGGUCUUGGUUCAAAAGAAGUUAAAGAACAUUGUUGCACUAAAAAUUGGUCGGAUAAAAAUGGAUCGUCGGGUAUGGAAGCAGCUGUAAUAGUUGAAGGUUUUAAACAAAGUGAACCUAUGUAUGGUAUAAGGUAUCAAAAAUUGAUAGCCGAUGGAGACUCAAGCGUAUACAAAAAAAUUUUAGAAGCAAGGCCUUAUAAAAAUUUAACUGUACAAAAAGUUGAAUGCCGUAACCACCUUCUUCGUAAUUUUUGUAACAAACUUAGAGAUAUAACUACGAAAAAACAAGCAGGUCAAUUAGCUCAUAGAAAAUUGUUAUCACGUAAUAUUCUACGAAUGCGAAAAGGUAUAGUGAAAGCUAUUGAAUAUAGAAAAAAAGAAAAUUCAGUUAUAGGACUCAGAAAUGAUAUUUUAAAUGUUGUCAAUCAUGUUUUCGGUGAUCAUAGUAGUUGCUCAAAAUAUUUUUGUGACAUAACCGACGAUAAUAAUUCAAACGAUAUUAAUUACAUGGAAAAAAUUUUUAGUACAGAUAGAGUGUUUAUAGAUAGCGUAAUGCAACCUAUUAGGUAUCUUGCUAGACAUACUUCAAGCUUGAUACUGAAUGUUGACAGCAAUAUAGUUGAAUCUUUUAAUGCCAUUAUUGCAAAACUUAUAGGAGGGAAAAGAGUGAAUUUUGCUCUAAAAGGGUCAUACGCUGGACGUUGUGCGAUUGCUACAGUUACUAAAAAUUCUAAAAGACCUUUUUAUUCUUUGCACAAGACAAUUUUAAAAAAUAGUCCCUUUAAAAAAUUGCCAUCAGUGAAAAUGGAAAUAACACGACGAGAUAAUCAAUUUCGUCAAAAUAAUCGCUUGACGAAAAAUAAAAGGUUUAAAAAAAAAUUAUUUGGUGUGAAUGACUCAAAUGCUUCAUAUGGAGAAAAUUCAAUGAAACCAGAUAUGAAUGAAAAUGAAUAUAAUAUAGAAAAAUUGGAAGUCAUUGAGUCCAUGAAAAAAAUUGCUGCACAAAGAGAGGUAAUAGAAAGACAAACUAUUAACCAAAGUUCUUGUCAGAAUUGGUUGGACAUUAGGCGUAAAUUACUUACUGCUUCAAACUUUGGAAGCAUAAUUAACCGUCGUCCAGACACGGGUUGUGAAAAUCUAAUAAAAAAUUUAAUUUAUACUAGUGAUGUUGAUACAAUAGCAAUGGAGUAUGGAAGAAAUCAUGAAAAUGAAGCUAAAAUUUGUUUAGAAAAUUUACUAAGUAUAAAAAUAAGAGAGUGUGGAUUGUUCAUUGAUGAGUUUAAUUAUUUCAUUGGAGCAACUCCAGAUGGAUUAAUUGAUGAAGAUGGCUUGGUCGAAAUAAAAUGUCCUCAAUCAGCUGCAGAUCUGACUCCCGAAGAAGGAAUUGAAAAAAAAAAAAUUAGAAUGGAAAAUACCGAUGUCGCAGUAUUAGAAAUAUUUACCAAAGCUUUAAAUCCAACAUUUUAUAGAUUCUGA